GCCACCUUCCCCUCCCCUCCCCUCCCCAGGAUCGAGAGGUUCUCACAUCUGUGUAUAAUACCCUUAAACCCAAUUAUUAGUUAUCGUAAUUGAGCUUUGUUUCUCAAUUAAUUCCGUGUUUUGGGGGUAAGAGUAUUAUACAGAGAGAUGGAACCUAAUCUGAAUGGUUGCCUCUUCAACUCCAACUUUGGAGGGUCAGAUCGCAAAACGGGACAUGAAUCCAUGGCUGUUAUGAACAAUAUACAUACAUAUUUUUUUGAGAUUUCUUUCAAAAGUGAUCACAAGUAAGUAAGAUUUUUCUCUGCUAUUCCCUUAUUUUCGAUUGCAAAUUGAAAGCUUAAACACACACAUAAAUUACUCCAAUAAUACAUUUUCAAAUCCAUCUUUCAAAGUAUUUAAAUUUGUAUUUCUAAAAACAUUAAUUAAUUCAUUAUGGUGGUAAAGAAAGAAAGAAAAUAGAUUAGGGUAGCUCAUCUUAGGAUUGUAUUUGGGUUUUGUUAAAAUAAUAGAACAUUUCCAACAAGAAUGCUUUAAAAAUAAGGGUUUGGAGGAUUCCAUUGCUCUGAAAACAAAUUAAGGAAUCAUGAAGUUUGAGAAGAAAAAAAAAAUCUUUGUGAGUAAAUUGUAUUGUGGGUUAUAACAAAUAAUAACUCUUUCUACAAGCAUUUGUAUCUAAUCAUGAAGAUAAGAAGACUAUCAUUGUAAUCGCUUUUUAAUUAGACCCAAAAAAUUUGGGUUUCUACAGGUCAAUAGCGCUCACGAGCUAAUGUAUUUCGGGUAGAGUUUUUACACGAAAAACCCGAAAUGUGAACCAGAAAUAAAGAUAGAAAUCAACCUCGUUUAAUCAUCCGGUUAUUAAAUACCAACUGGUACGAGGAUUAUAAUACAAAAUUUAGGUUUAAGAUGCUUGACGAACUUUGACCUCGUCUUCUCCCUUUACUUCACUCCUCUAAAUCCCUAAGAUCUCUCUCACUCUUUGAUUCAUCGAGAAACAACUGUGGGGUUUAUUCUUCGUCAUUGUCGACGAAUUCUCUCUCCAAUUCCAAAUCCACCAUUUCAUUCACUUCCUCCCUACGCCUAUCCGAUGAAGUUGAUUGAAUCUUCCAAUGCUGGAAACUUGGAAGAGUUGCGCGACGCUAUAGAGGCGUAUCCUCUCUCCGGCCCGAACAGGUCCCUUGAUUUGGGACGUGCUCUGUCAAUCGCCAUGAAGAAACAGCAUCUCGAUUGCUUUGAGCUUCUCCUGAAGAGUGGAGCGCCUUUCAAUCUCUCAACUGCACAGGGAAACCACCUGAUGCAUUUCGCCAGCCAUUCAGAGAAGUAUUUGCCUUAUCUUGAGCUUCUCCUGGAAAGAGGAGCUUCUAUGAAUGUUUUGAACAAUAAAGAUGACACUCCUCUUCACAUUGCUUGUCUUGCCUCUAACUUGAAAGCUGCUCAGCUCCUGCUAGAAAGAGGAGCAGACAUUGAAUCUCAAAAUCAGAAUCAUGGAACGCCUCUUCACUGUGCGUGUCACGUUGGGUGUGCUAACAUUGAGGAGCUUCUUCUUAACCGUGGAGCUAACAUUGAAUCUCAGAACAAUUCAGAACAAAGGCCUUUACAUUUGGCCUGCACUCACAGUUCCAAGCUACCAUGUGCUGAGAUGCUGCUAGACAAAGGUGCGGAAAUUGAGUACGAGGACGAUGAGGGAAUGUCUCCUCUAACAACUGCACUUGACAAUAAAAACCUGGAGUGUGUUACAUAUCUCCUUGAAAAAGGUGCUGAUGCAAAUAGGAAAGACGUAAAUGGACGCACGCCCCUUCACUGGGCAUGUAUGAUUCGUGAAGAGGAAGGGCUCUUAUAUGUACAGCAACUUGUUAAAGCUGGAGCAGAUAUUAAUGCUCGAGAUGAGAAGGGAAGGACUCCACUUCACAUGCUCUGCCAGAUUGGUCCGUUGGAAAGCAUUAGUUAUCUCAUUGAGUCUGGAGCUGAUGCAAAGAUGGAGGACGAGAAAGGGAAAACGGUAUUGUAUCACGCGGUGACUAGUUCGCAUACGGAUGAAGCAACUCAAAUUGGAAUUGUUGAUCGCUUGAUGGAGGCUGGUGCUGAUGCAAAAUUGCCAACUCAUGCUGGACUCAAGCGACCACAUGAAACUGCUAUUUAUGCUAGAGUCAAGGAUCAUUUAGUUCGCAAGGCCUGGCAUUCUCCCUGGCAAGCAGAUCGAUAGAAGACGGUACUAAUGACGUCUGAGUUUUGUUUUAUGUUGAUAAUCUUUGGAUUUUGUGUCGUUGGAUCUAUAUUUUUCUGUUGUGUUCAUCUUGACCAAGCCGUUAUGUUCUUUAUAGUGAUUUUGUAUCCCACGUUUACUCUUACACAUAGUAAGUAAGCGAUGGUCUUUUGAAAUGUCAAUUAAAUGCAAAUGUCAACUGAUGAUAUUUGGUUCUUUGUGAACCAGAA